AAGUCUGACUUCACUGCAUAACCACGAACAAUGGACAACGGCACCCAACAAUCGCGUCGUAUGGGAGACGUUAAUUCCUCCUACAAUCCACCUAUAAUUAUUGUAACGUUCGUCCUCGGAUUUAUUGGAAAUGCCGUUGCUUUAUGGAUCUUCAGUUUUCAUGUGAAAUCCUGGAAACCAAACACAGUCUAUUCACUGAACCUGGCGAUUGCAGACACUCUGUUAAUCUGCUGUUUACCGUUUCGAGCAGAUUACUUUAUCCGGGGGAAGAACUGGAUUUACGGUGAUGUUCCUUGUCGUCUGAAGGUAUUUUUGAUUUCCCUAAACCGAGCAGGAAGCAUCAUGUUCCUCACGGCGAUGGCGAUCAAUCGGUAUUUGAAAGUGGUCCAUCCUCAGCACAGAGUGAAUACGAUGCCUACAAGCUGUGCAGUGAAGGCAGCCGCCGGCUUGUGGGUUCUCGCAGUGGCCAUUUGCUCACACCUCUUAGCAGAACCUCAUUCCUUCGAACUCGACAACCAGACGUACUGUGAACCCUUUAACAUAAGGCGGCCUCUAAGUCCGACAACAAUUUGGACCGAUGUUGUUUUUAUUGUUUUCAAGUUUGCUAUCCCGGCUCCGAUUAUCCUCUUCUCCACGUCCUGCAUCAUCUGGAAAUUAAAACAGAUGAAAAUUGAGUUGAGGAGUAAAUAUAAUCGAGCGAUGAAACUUGUGAUCGCUGUGUCUGCAGUUUUUGUGCUUUGUUUCUUGCCCACAAACAUUGCUGUUCUUGCUGUGUUAGUCACGAAACUGGGAGGUACUGAAGGCUGCAAGUCAUAUGAAACAGCUGUUCACGUCUUCUAUAAUACACUAUUCAUGACAUAUCUGAACAGUGUACUGGAUCCAGUUAUUUACUACUUCUCAAGUUCGACUUUCAAAAAUGCUUUAAUGAAAGCAGUCGCUUCUCUGAAUCUAAACUGUUCCAGAUCAAAAACUGAGAGAGCAAUGCAAUCGAGAGAUUCCAUAUGACAAGUAGAUGUAGAUCAUCAUUUUUAAAGGACAGAGUUCGUUCAUAGCUAUGAAUGAUCCCAAACUGUGUCUACCCUGUCUGCACGACCCAGCUGUUGGUAGUCGCUUGUAUCUUUAGUCUACCUUUGUUGCAAAAUAGCGAAAUUAC